AUGAUUGAAACAAAUUAUAAUAACUUUAUCGACGUUUACGCCACUGAACACCAAAUCACUUACAAUACAAUUGAUUUGAAACCAAUGAAUGAAAAAACAAUAUUAACAGUAAAUGAAAGCGAAAUAAAAAUUGAAAAUAAAAGUCAAGAUAAAAGCGAAGAUAAAAUUGAUUUUACAUCAAGUGAUGGUAUUUACAAACAACUAUUCAUUGAGAUGUCAGCCAUAGGUUCGGGUGGUUUUGGGACUGUAUUUAAAGUAAAGCAUAGAUUGGAUGAUAAGAUAUAUGCCGUCAAAAGAGUACAAUUUGGGGAGCUCUUAGAGUGCGUCCAAUAUCUCCACGAAUCCAAUCCACCGGUCAUUCAUCGGGAUCUCAAACCCGACAAUAUAUUGAUUGAUCCGAUCUAUUCAUCCAAUCGUAUCGUAAAACUGUGUGACUUUGGUUUGGCCACCGAUCACAACACCGACGGACACACUGCCAGCCGAUACGAGCAUUCAGUUUGUGGUGCGUUGGGAUAUAUGGCACCCGAAGUGCUUUUAGGCAAACAAUAUGACCACAAAUCAGACAUUUAUAGCCUCUAUGUUAUCGGCGAACAGUUGUUUGGUAUCGAUCUUCAGGCUUCGCAAACAUUUGAAACAAAUGAAUCGGUGGUCACGACUGCCAUACUAUGUAUGUGUCGUACGCUUCAGAAAAUGAUGGCAAUUGUGUGGAGACAAAGGCCUGAGUGUCGGGAAGUGUUGGCCAAACAUAACGAGUGGUCUAUCGAUAAGACUGUUGUCACGAAA